AUGAGAAAGGAGAACCAGAGCAGCGCGCCCAAGUUCCUCCUCCUGGGGCUCCCCAUCCGGCCAGAUGAGCAGGCAAUAUUCUUCACCCUUUUCCUGGUCAUGUACCUGACCACGGUACUGGGGAACCUGCUCAUCAUCCUGCUCAUCAGACUGGACUCCCACCUCCACACCCCCAUGUACUUCUUCCUCAGCCACUUGGCUUUCACUGAUGUCUCCUUUUCAUCUGUCACUGUCCCAAAGAUGCUGAAGAGUAUGCAAACCCAGGAUCAAUCCAUCCCUUAUGCAGGGUGUAUAACACAGAUGUAUUUUUUCAUAUUUUUCACUGACCUGGACAAUUUCCUUCUCACAGCAAUGGCAUAUGAUCGAUAUGUGGCCAUCUGUCACCCCCUCCAUUACACCACCAUCAUGAGAGAGGAGCGGAGCAUUUUACUAGUAGCUUUUUGCUGGAUCUUGUCCUGCGCUAGCGCCCUGUCUCACACCCUUCUUCUGGCUCGGCUGUCUUUUUGUGCUGACAACACCAUCCCCCAUUUCUUCUGUGACCUCGCUGCCCUACUCAAGCUCUCAUGCUCAGACACCUCCAUCAACGAGUGGGUCAUUUUCACAGUGGGAGUGGCAGUUAUUACUCUACCGCUCUUAUGCAUCUUGAUCUCUUAUGGCCGCAUUGGGGCCACCAUUUUGAAAGUUCCAUCUACCAAAGGGAUGUGCAAAGCCUUGUCCACUUGUGGAUCCCACCUCUCUGUGGUGUCUCUAUAUUAUGGAACAAUUAUAGGACUUUAUUUUUUCCCCUCAUCUAGCACCUCCAAGGACAAUGACAUAGUUGCUUCUAUGAUGUACACAGUGGUCACUCCGUUGCUGAACCCCUUCAUUUACAGCUUAAGGAACAGAGACAUGAAGGGAGCCCUGGAGAAAUUCUUCAACAAAGCAAAAAUCUCACCUCAAUGA